UAUGGAUGGCAGCGACCGGCGCGUGCCCUUCGUAAUCGGGAAGUCGAAGAAGCCGCGUUGUUUCCGGGGCUAUAUGCCUGUGCGUUACAGGCAUAGUGGUAAAGCGUGGAUGACGCGCGAUUUAUUCGUAGAGUGACUGAGCGAAUUUGACCGCGACAUGCACAAGCAAGGCAGGCGCGUGCUGCUCGUGGUCGACAACUGCUCCGCGCACCUCGUACAAGCCUCUCUGACGGCAGUGACCCUGCUUUUCCUGCCGCCCAACAUAACGUCUAAAGUGCAACCGCUUGACUUGGGCAUCAUUCGCGCGUUUAAGAGUUAUUAUAGGCGCCGCGUUGUAGAGCGCUUGCUCAUAGCUGUUGACCGCCCGGCAGCCAACCUGCCGCUUCGGGUGACUUUGUACUCAGCUUUGGAGAUGCUGAAGGCAUCGUGGAUGGAGGUGACGGCUACAUGCGUGCAAAACUGUUUCCGCAAGGCCGGCUUCGUUGACGUCGGACCCGAUGCCAAGCCUGAAGCUCCCGAAGAGGACCAAUCCGGCGGCGAUUUGUGGCAGCGCGUCGUCGACUCUGACAUGGGAGAGCGGGACACCUGCUGGGAGGACUUCAUUACGGCCGAUGAUGAUGCCGACACUGCGGAACCGUGCACGGACGAGGGCAUAGUGAAUGAAGUGCACGGCAAGAGCGAUUCGGAGGAAUUGGAUGACGACGACGACGAAACUUUAGAGCCAGCGCCCACAAGCGUGCCUGUGGCAAUUGGCUACAUAGAUAGCCUCAGGCAGCUUGUAUAUGCCAAGGGCCUUGGCGAAGAACACGCUGCCGCCUUAAAUAAACUCGAGACUGUACUUAUCACAUCUGCGCUGUCGAAACAGACGUGCAUCACGGACUUUCUCGCAAAAAAAUAAAUUUUUGGUUUUCACUUGCAACUUUUUUAAAGCUGUGUUUCAUUUACUACGAACUUCGGGAUAUAACGAACGGAUGCCGCGUCACGCUCAGGUUCGUUAUAAGCGGGCUCGACUGU